AUACUAACCUAGCCUUUCUUAUUCCAUCACUCUAAAAUGAUGGAUUAGAUGAAACGUUCAAAAGAAUAAUUCUUAGGGUGAUACGGAUGAACACCCAAUUGAGAGGAACAACUUAAUUGACAUCUUAGGAUUUUUUUUCCCAGAAUGUCGUACUUUAAUCUCAUAGCUAAACAAUAUAAUUUCUGCUUAAAGAUACAUCAUUUCCAUGUCUGCAUCUUUCGUUGCAUUGCAUUGGAAGUUUUAAUUGAGUAUGUUACAAGUGAAGUAUAGGAAAAGUAAUGAUUGACUCAUUUUGGAUAGAAGGUAAUCAUCUACCCUGAAAUUGUAUAAAUUACAGGAUCAAUGGUACUAGAUUAUGAGCCGUCAGUGGAUGGGUUGUAAUAUAACUCUCAUUCUGCCGAGUAACAUAAAGCCCAAUAAUAUCUUAUUAUUAGAUUUUGACAUUUUGGAAAGGUUUAUCGUAUUCAAAAUUAAUGUUUUGAUCCCUUCAGUUAAUAGACAUGGUCACAUCGAACAUAUUCAAUUAUGUUUGUUGGACUUUUGGUGCUUUGAAGAUGGCAAUUGCUGGCGGCAUCACACCUCGUUCAGGUUUUGGUCCACUUUUGUUCAAGCCUUCCACUGUGUCAAUUCCAAUUUACCAGCUGUGGAAGACCAAUUCAUUUAACGUUGGACAAGCUAUGAUAAAAUCAAUUUUGGGUUCUAAGCUCAUAUGUGCAUCAUUAAGAAGUAAUGACCAUCCUAGAUUAUCUUAUGGAGGUGAUUUUGACAAUGAACCAUUUUGGAAGACUAUGGUGAAGGAUAUUGCAUGGAGUUUGAAAUCUGUAGCAGUAUUCUUAGCUGAACAGCCUAGUCAGAUAAAGUACAUAGAGUGGCCAACAUUUCAAAGCACGUUGAGGACAGCUAUGCUUACCCUUGUUCUUGUGGCUGUGCUCAUUGUUGCUCUAUCUUCUGUUGACUCGUGUCUCUCUUAUAUUUUGGCCUUGCUGCUCAGAAGAGCUGCCUAGUUACAGAACUUUCCUAUGCCAUCGACAUCAGAGACUUGGUAACGAUGAUGCAGGUUCUAGUCGUAGCGUGAAACAAGCAAAAAGUGAUGCUCAAGUCUUAAAGAGGUCAAAUGGUGAAGUUUUGUGGCAACUGAUCCUGUUCAGUACUUAGUGAUUAGUUCUUCUGCCAUUACAUUUUUGGAUACUAUUGAUUUACUUGUUGAAUUAGUAUACUUCAAUGAUCGUGCAAUGCAUAGUUAUAACGGCCGGACUGAUCUAGCAGUCAUACUAGAAAAAUUGGAACUGAAUUGCUGGGUUGGUUUUGCCAUCUUUAGAUGACAUUUUCUUCCAUAACCCAAGCAAUUUUCUUUCUAGUCAUUCUUGUAGUUUAAGUUUGUCGAGCAAUGUAUUUGUGGAGAUUUCCAAUCCAUUUUGCACCACUACUAA